AUGAAGAUGAAGUGUCAAGAUAAUGUUCGAGUGAAGAGAGCUCAGCUCAAUCGUCUAUGCCGGGACUUUGAGGUUCUGGAAAUGAAGCAUGGAGAAUCAAUAAAUGAUUACUUUGGUCGAGUAAUGACGAUUGCAAAUGACAUGAGGAAUUAUAGGGAAGAUGUGAGUGAUGUCAAGAUCGUUGAGAAGAUUUCGAGAACACUUACUGAUAAAUGGAACUACAUUGUUUAUUCCAUUGAGGAAGCCAAGGACAUAUAUCAACUCUUUGUGGAUGCCUUGCAAAUUUCUCUGCUCGUUCAUGAGCAAAAAUUCAAAGGAGAUGGAGGAGAAGAACAUGCUUUGAAAGUGACUCAUGAAGGCUAUGGUGAAAGAGGACGAGGAAAAGCUGCUUUUAGAGGAGGCCGAGGACAAGGUAGAGGCAGGGGUCACCUAAAUUGGAGCAAAGAUACGGUUGAGUGUUAUAAAUGUCAUAAGUUUGGACACUUUCAGUAUGAGUGCAAGCAAAUUCUGCAAAUUUGGAUGAAUCGGAAGAGAUGA